AAAACCCUGGUCAUAACACACACACACACUCUCCUUUUUCACCAGACUUUCAGCUCAAGUUACAAGAGUUUAAACCUUCAUUCCGCGUUUUCACAGCUAGUUACUGUCACCAAACCUUUUCCCCAUCUGCUCCCAUGGCGGUUUCUAGAGAGAGAAACACACAAACUAAAAAAAAAUACAUUGCUUUCCGCAUUUUCCACCUCGUAUUAAUUCAUGCGUGCAAGCUAAAACCAUACCAUUUGCCUUUGUUUCAUCAUCAUCUUAACUGUUUCAUCUUAUCUCUCACCAUUAUCCUUUUCAUCAGCUCUCAUUCAAUCUUUAUUAAAUAAAUAAUCAUCAAUAUCCGUUGUGGGGUUUUCAAAUCUUGAUCAUAUUCACACAUUUCAUUGACUAAUUCACAAGAAACUUGAUACAUUUGCAGGUUUUUUCUCAUGAAAGAUUGUUGCAGAUCAACUGUUUGUUGUAUUGUCUAGCUGAAACUUUAUAAUUUGCUAGUUUAGAUCUUAUUUUUUUGUUAAAAGAUUACCAAAUGGGAGCCCACGUCAGCAAGAAACAUGCUUCUUCUGCUACAUCCAGUUCAUCAUCAAUCUCUUUGAAAGAUACUCAACAUAUCGUAACAGAACUCAAUGCAUAUGAAGCUGUUUGCAGAUCAGAUACUGAUCUGCAAUCGUUCGAUACUACUCUGCAUGCGCGUGCGAACAAUGUGAUCAAUACGUUGGCUGUGGGAGUCGAAGUUCGUGCUUUAUCGUUCGAGACGCUAAAGGAAGUUACCGAGUGUUUGCUAGAAAUGAACCAAGAAGUUGUGAAAGUUAUCUUGCAUUGCAAGAAAGACAUAUGGAAGAAUCAAGAAUUGUUUGAGUUGGUUGAGGAGUAUUUCGAGAAUAGCCUGCAAACCGUGGAUUUCUGUUCCGCGUUGGAUAAAUGUUUGAAACGCGUUCGAGGUAGCCAAUUGUUGAUUCUUGUAGCGUUACAACAUUUUGAUGAAGAUGAAGGUGUUGAGGAGAAUAGGUAUGAGAAAACUCUUGAAGAUUUGAAGAGUUUUAAAGACGCGGGUGAUCCAUUUACCGAGGAAUUUUAUAAAAUUUUCUAUUCGGUUUAUAGACAGCAAAUGGUGAUGCUUGAAAAGUUACAAUCCAAGAAGACAAAGUUGGAUAAGAAAAUGAAGUAUAUUCAGACAUUUAGAAAAGUGUCGUCGGUUAUCUUUGUUGCUACUUUUGCGGCGGUGUUGAUAUGCUCUGUGGUGGCGGCAGCGAUAGCAGCACCGCCAGUGGCUGCUGCUCUUGCGGCAGCCACUUCUAUCCCUUUGGGAUCAACGGGGAAGUGGAUAAACUCUCUUUUAAAAAACUAUGAAAACGUGAUUAAAGGACAAAAGGAGAUAAUUAGCUCGAUGCAAGUGGGGGGUAUUGUGGCGAUUAGGGAUCUCGACUCGAUUAGGGUUCUUGUUGAUAGACUUCAAAUGGAUAUAGAGGAGUUGAUGAAGAAUGCCGGUCAUGUGAUUGAAGGAGAUGAAAUGGUGAAAGUCGCAAUCGAUGAGAUUAAGAUAAAGUUGAAUUCGUUUAUGAAAAAUGUGGAUGACUUAGGAACGCAGGCAGAUAAUUGUAGCCGUGAUGUUAGGCGGGCUAGAACCGUUGUCUUGCAAAGGAUCAUCAAACCGCCACACCAUUAAUGAAAGCUUUCCGUAUGGAUGUUUUCAACCUCAUUUGUUUUAACAUAGGUUUGUUUAUUCAUAUGUUCAUUUACUUUCUUUGUUGACGGUCUUGUUAUUUUAUACUAAAACUAUAUAAACUUGUUGUUCUGUUAAUUGUUUAAGCAACCAUAAUGACAGCAUGUGCUAUUUUUAACCU